AUGAUCUCUCUCAGGACAACCACCUGUUGCCAAAUCAAAGAAUGCCUGACUUUGUCUCGUUCUGAAGUGUGGCCAUACGCUUUGGUCCUAUCGGCCCGUCUGCUCCGUAUUUGGCCUCACGAAGAACUAGCUUCUACCACCCAGUUGGACCCCAAUUUGUGUGAACUGUUACGUCAUGUUGUUCGACUUCGUGACGCUCUGGUGGAUGGCCCCCGCAGCUUGUUUAGCCUAAUUAAUUCUGACGGACUUCAUCCCGGCUCUACCUCACACGAAUCUGUAAUCGUAGACGAGGAUCUUGGUGAACUUGUGAUCGACGAACUGGAUCGAGUUUGUUUGGUUGCUCUGGAAACCCUGGGUCCUGAAUUAUUCCUGACAGAAGGAUUGCUGCCAUUGGAGCCAAUUGUCAAUGAACUCGAAUCUGGAUCAGUCGAUUUAUGUCGAUCAUGGGCUCUCUUGCUUCUUGCUCGUGCGGUUCCGAAGAAACCAUGCCGUCUGCAUUUCUUUACAGAACGCAUGUUACCCCUAGCGGAUCGCGCAUUAAACGUAGCUAAAAAUGUCGUGGCUGCAAUGGCAGCUAAACAGGACGAGAAAUUUGGUGGUGCCGCCUUGAUUACGGCGGGCAUAACUGUCACUCGGCAGAUUUGGGCCGGAUUGAGUAUGUUUGUUCGGCAGUCUCCACAGGAUUGGUCCGAGUUGUCCACUGGCGGAUUUGGGCGUCGUCUUGUAAAAGAGUUGGCAAAUACCUCUGCCCUUCGACCAACUGUCCUGAUGGCUUUCCGUCGCUUGGCCCUAGCUGCUCAACAGUCAGAAACCGGCUUGAUCGCCAUGCGUGGCGGUGCAAAGUUAGCGAUACCUACCAUGCUGUCGUUGUACGAGAAUGCGGAAUCACCUGUUCAUCUAUCUCUACGACAGCAAAUUCGUUCAACCCUUGCUGCUUACUUCCCGUGCUUGUCGAGCAAGGUGAGCGUUUUUUUCCCACAAUUUUUUCCACAAUUGACAUCUUUUCUGCUUUUUGGCGAUUAG